AUGUAUAGUAAAAAGAAAAAAAUUAAAAGGACCGAUGUCGUAUACGACAACAAAACUAGGGAUUCUAUUCCGAAGAGGGGGUACUAUUCUGAACUCGUCUCGGACAUGACCAAAGAGGAUCCAGGGAAAGAAUUAUGCGCUAAAAAACGGAUGAAGUUAAUAUUACAGGCAAAAACUGAUAAAUUAGCGCCUACCCUGACUUCUCUACCGAAACCACAGCGUGCAAAGAUUCUCUUACCACCUGGCAGGUGGACCACUUACAAAGAAGAUGAGAGUAUUCAAUUCCCAUUCGAGACUUUCGUGCCGAAGCUACAGUUCCUCAGCGUGGUGUUGCCCAAGGAACUGCCCAGGCUGGUCAAGAUCGAAAGGCUGCGCAGGAAAUUCUUGGCUGCCAACAUCAAGAAGAUGUUGCGAGAGCUGGGUAUCCAACCGUUCUGGCUGCUGCCACCUUCGGAGUUCCAUUUGACAGACCAGGAGUACUAUGGUCUGUACAGCCCUUACCCGAAGCUGGAUUUGGAGAUCUUUGAUAAUACGGAUUUCGAUUGCCGCAUUCCCGAAGAGUGGUUGUCUCUGGGCAUGAUCGAGGGGGAACAGUAUCCAUGUCCAGGGCUCGCUUUUAUCCCAAAGGAACAGAGCAAAGCAGCCAAGAGCAGCGAUGCUAUACAAAUGUACAACAGUUUGUAUGAAUGGACGAACGUUGCAGCUUUCAGCUUCGACAAACAAACGCAACUGUGGGAGGUCAUGGCUCUUGAUGGCACCAAAAGAUAUUUUAACAUACCAAGAAUCAGAUUGAUGUUCAAAGCAGAUGAUCCGGAAACGUUUGCAAAUCGUGUCAAAUUCGCAGUGGAUCUGCGCCGUGAGGUCGAGAACAAUUUGAGGUUCUACCUCUAUCUUGACUGCUUAAUCCUGGAAGGUUUACCCAUCAUGCCUCGGUCGUUCAUGCCCAGCAUACUGCAGAUGGUACGAAUACAUAAACAGGCGAGAGAGCUUGAUGAAGACCAUCUGAAUUGUCUUAAAUAUGAGGCUGAACUACUUUACAAGAAGAUGGAAGGGAAAAUGAAGAUUAUCUACACAAUUCUCAGCUAUCGUGACUUGUACAACUUUGUCGAUCCACCUACUAAAGAUUAUGUACCACCGGUACCUGAUUACGGACGAUAUCCGUGCAUCAUGGACGACUUCUCAGGCCGUGUGAAGUAUAACCAGUGGAACUCAUUAUACGUGCUGACCGAGGCCGUCUCGUGCAUACAUCUGGUGGUGGACGAGUGUUUGAAGGUGGAAUCUAUGCUAUUCUUUACUACCAACUACGGCAGGAACGUGAGCCUAGCGGAAUUCGACGCCGCCCAACAGCACUGCACAACUAUGAUGUUGAAAUACUUAAACAUAACUUGGCUAAACAACUGUGCACAUGCUAUAAGGAUGUCGUUUAGAGACGUUGGUAAGGGAUGGUAUAACAUUUACGAGAAGAAAUGGGAAUUCUACGGAGUCAGCAAACUGAGCAGAUUCAUGCAGCUUGUGAGGUUUCGGAUGCAGUACGCUCUACGCUUCUGCAUAGAGCAAUCUAUGGACAUGUUCGUGACACUGUGCGAGACCCCAUGUCUUUGCACGUACUGGUGCAGCGAGGACUAUGAGUGGGACUCCAGUGACCUCAUCAACACACCCUUCAGAUCGCCCACACCAACCUUGUUCUACUUCCAUCUAAUGAUAAAUGCCGAUGGACCUUUUUACACCACAGAUCCAGCUCAAUUUGAGAUCGUUAUCCAGAGGCUGUUCCGCGAGAUGCUCUACCGGUGCCACUUCAUCCCGCAAGUCCAUCCCAUGAUCAUGACCGGCCUUGUCUUUGACAAAGAACUGUUUCUCACAUCCAUUGGUCUAAUGGAACCCAACGUGGUGGAUUAUCGUGAACGUCUGCUUGUCGCCUAUCGAAAGGCCGUCAUUCCCCUGCUGGCGUAUUUAAGGCAGUACGAAUGUUACACCGACAUUUUUAUGCUGGACACAGAGGAAUAUGUGGAAAAUUUCCGUCAAGAGAAGCAUUCGGCAUCGGAGACCCGCGAAGAAGUACAAAUGCAUUACGACGCCAAACAGGAUCUUAUAUGGCGAUUACCGCAAUACAUCAACAUUGGACCUUUUGCAUUGAACGUUGAUACGCUCAAGCAAAUUCUAGUCACCAAGAGGUCUGAUAUAAUCCGAGCGUUACUGACAAUGUGGGCGGAAGAAGUGCGUUUGGUGGUCGAAGACGUGGUCCAGGCUUACAAAGGUAUCAUGCGAAGAUUAGGGGAGAAACCGAACACGAUAGAACAUGUCUUCGAAAUCAGGGAGUGGAUGGAAUCAGUGCCUUUCGCUCUGAAAACGCAAGAAGACAUCAUGAAGAAAGUCAACACGGAUUACGAAGUGCUAGAUGCGUUCUUCAUGCCUCUAGAAAAUGAUGAUUUCAAACUCUUGUGGGAAGCGGUCGGUUGGCCGUUGCAAAUUACUAAACAGGUUGAUGCCACAACAGAGUUUCUAGAGGAGGAACAGGAGAAGUUCUGGAAGCUUCAUCAGCAAGACGAACAGACAUUGUACGACAAGAUCGACAUGUUCACCGCUCAGUGUAUGCAGUUGACACUGCAGAAUGACUUCAGCAAGGUCCACGAAAUCGCUAAUGACAUCAAGAAAGCAUGGAAAGGCAUGAAAGACGCCCAGGACUGGGGUCGCAUACUGAACCAGCGUCAGAAGCUGUUCGGUCAGCCGGUGGUACCGUUUUCUGAUCUCAACAGAUUGGUGAAAGAGUUCGAGCCGUAUAGGAAUCUCUGGGUCACUGCGUCAGAUUUCCUGAAGGCGAAGGAGGUGUGGUUCGACAACCCGUUGAUGUACGUUGAUGCUGAUUCCAUUGAACCCCUGAUCAACGAGUAUUACAAGACAAUAGUCAAGUGCACCAGGACAUUCGCUGAUUUGCCCAAAGUCCAGGAGGUCGCGAUUGUUAUAAGGGAUGAUAUAGAUGAGUUCAGGCCAUUAAUCCCGGUCAUCCAGGCAGUCAGGAAUCCGGGCAUGAAGGAGCGACAUUGGAACGAGUUCAUGGAAAGAGCUGGUAUCACUGUGACCAUGAAUGAGAAGCAGACCUUCUCCAUGUGCCUGAAGCAGGGGGUUGCAGCUCAUGCAGAACUCAUUGCCGAGAUCGGAGAACUGGCCAGCAAGGAGUACGUGAUUGAACAGGCCCUGGACAAGAUGCUGGCCGAUUGGUCCAAUAAGGCUAUGGAGAUCGCGCCUUAUAAGAACACCGGCACAUUCAUAAUGAAGAUAGCUGACGAGACCCUGCAGCUGCUGGAUGAGCACCUGAUGGCCACGCAGCAGCUGGGCUUCAGCCCUUUCAAGGCCGCCUUCGAACUCAGAAUCCAGGAGUGGGAUGACCGGCUCAGACUUACUCAGAAGGUCGUCGACGAAUGGAUCGAGUGUCAGAAAGAAUGGAUGUACUUGGAGCCAAUCUUCACGUCUGAGGAUAUCUCUCGUCAGCUGCCGCUGGAGGCCAAGAAAUACGGCACCAUGGAGAGGAUAUGGAGAAGAAUCAUGUCAUCAGCCGCCGCUUGUCCUAAGAUUAUGCUAAUCUGUCCAGACAGCCGUCUCUUGGACAGUUUGGUGGAAGCCCGCCACCUCUUAGCCGUAGUCUCUCGAGGCCUGAACGCUUACAUGGAGCUGAAGCGGUUGAGGUUCCCACGCUUCUUCUUCCUCAGCGACGACGAACUAUUGGAGAUACUAGCGCAGUCUCGCAAUCCUAGGGCUGUACAGCCUCAUCUGAGGAAGUGCUUCGAGGCUAUUGCAAAGGUGACAUUCGAGCCCGACUUGAAGAUCACAUAUAUGCAUUCGUGCGAGGGUGAGAUCGUGGAACUGAAGUAUAAAUUCUAUCCGAGCUCCAAUGUGGAACAAUGGUUGUUGCUGUUAGAGGACACUAUGAGACAUACCAUCCGGCUGACUCUCGUGGACGGAAUGGCGGAAUUGUGGACUCUCCCUCGUGAAGAAUGGGUGCUUCGUUGGCCUGGGCAAGUGGUGAUUGCUGGCUCGCAGACGGCCUGGACUGCCGGAGUAGAGAAUGCUAUUGAGGAAUAUAUGAUGGACAGAUUCGUUGAGGAAAUGCUUGAGCAGCUGGAUCGUCUCCGCUCACUAGUGAAGGGUGAGCUGACAUUCGCCCAGCGUGCCGUCGUGUGCGCACUCAUCGUGAUAGAAGUGCACGCGCGUGACGUCACGCGUUCCCUGUUCGACGACAACGUGAAGAAUGUCACCGAUUUCCAGUGGAUCGUUCAGCUCAGAUACUAUCAAAUUAAACGGGACAUGUAUCCUCUUGAAGAUGGAGAAUCUCCUGAGAUCUAUCAGGACGCGGACAGACUUGACACUUCAGCUUACUACAGACAGUUCAGUCAGGACAAGUGCGAUGUGAAAGCUCUCAACUCGGUGUUCACAUAUCAGAACGAGUACUUGGGAAACAGUGGUCGGCUGGUGAUCACUCCAUUAACUGAUCGUUGCUACGUCACCUUGAUGUGUGCUAUGCAUCUCAAAUUUGGAGGAGCGCCAGCCGGUCCCGCUGGUACGGGAAAAACUGAAACAACUAAGGAUUUAGCCAAAGCUCUAGCGGUGCAAUGCGUGGUGUUCAACUGCUCAGACCAAUUGGACUACAUGGCUAUGGGCAAGUUCUUCAAGGGACUGGCUGCGUCCGGCGCGUGGGCAUGCUUCGACGAGUUCAACAGGAUCGACAUUGAAGUGUUGUCUGUGGUUGCGCAGCAAGUGGUGACUAUACAAAAGGCACAGGUGGCCCGCCUUGAGAAGUUCAUGUUUGAAGGCUGUGACUUACCCCUGAAGGCUUCCUGUUCGGUUUUUAUUACAAUGAAUCCCGGAUAUGCAGGUCGCACGGAGCUACCGGACAAUCUCAAAGCACUCUUCCGCCCUAUAUCCAUGAUGGUGCCAGACUAUGCCUUGAUAGCUGAGAUAUCCCUGUUCUCCUACGGCUUUUACGAAGCCAAGAUUCUUGCUGGCAAGAUCACAACUACUUUCAGGCUCAGCUCUGAACAGCUAUCUUCACAGGAUCACUAUGAUUUCGGAAUGCGGGCGGUGAAGACUGUUAUUCUGGUGGCUGGGAACCUCAUCAGGCAGAUGCCUGAUGCUGAAGAGCGUCAGAUCGUGCUCCGCUCGCUGAGGGACGUCAAUGUACCCAAGUUCCUGGCUGAUGACUUGCUGCUGUUCAAUGGUAUAAUAUCGGAUCUGUUUCCUCGCGUGGAGAUUCCAGUGGUCGACUAUGGUAUCAUGGAGCAAUCGAUUAGGAAUAUGCUGGUCAAGAAGGGAUACGAUGACCUUUACACGUUCAUAUUUAAGAUAAUCCAGUUGUAUGAGACUACUGUUGUGCGGCAUGGUCUCAUGUUGGUCGGCCCAGCAGGGUCGGGGAAGACCAAGUGCUAUGAAAUACUACGUGACGCUCUAACAGCUAUUAGAGGGAAACUAGCACCAGAUGGAUUCCCGUUCACGACCGUUCUCACAUACAUCGUAAACCCGAAGUCUAUCACCAUGGGGCAGCUGUAUGGAGAGUUCGAUCUUCAGACUCAUGAAUGGACUGACGGGAUCCUGUCGAGUCUGGUCCGCGCAGGGAUCGCCGUUGAGGACAUGGACCGCAGAUGGUACAUCUUUGACGGGCCCGUCGACGCUGUUUGGAUUGAAAACAUGAAUACUGUACUGGACGACAACAAGAAACUCUGCUUGUCCAGCGGUGAAAUCAUGAAGCUCACUGAGCGCCAGCGCAUGAUCUUCGAAGUGGCCGACCUGGCCGUGGCCUCCCCGGCGACUGUGUCGCGGUGCGGCAUGGUCUACCUCGACACCAAGGUGGUGGGUCUGCCGCCGCUGGUCAAUGCUUGGUUGAAGGCCAAUUUGCCACCGAUGGCAGACAACAUCCGCAAAAACUUGCCCAACUUGAUCAACACGUACCUAUACCCGUCAUUGCAAAUCUUACGCACGAAGCUGACCGAACUGGUGGUGUCUAUUGACUGCGCUUUGGUGCUCAAGUUUCUGGAACUGCUGGAUUAUAGGCUGAGGCCGCUGACUGGAAAGGACGAUAGACCACCCCCAGGGCCCGCUUUCUUGGCUUUGAUGCCAAGACUAGCUCCAUGCUGGGUCGUCUGGGCGGUGAUUUGGUCAGUUGGAGCCACGUGCGACCACAACGGAAGAGCUAUAUUCUCUGACUUCAUGAGGAAACUCACUGAAGAAGCCGGUUUGAAGCCUCCUUUCCCGAAAGACGGCAGAGUUUAUGAUUACACCCUUCACGACGGCGGUUUCACUGAUAUGACGGAAGACGGCGAGCCAGCCAAUCCAUUUUGGUACAACUGGAUGGCCAAUUUGCCGGACUACGAGGUGGAUCCGGAGUGGCAGUUUGCUGACAUUGAAGUGCCGACACUGGAUAACGUACGAAGCGCAGCCAUUUUGGGUUACAAAGUGGCCAAUUACAACCACGCUGUAUGUGUUGGACCGACCGGCACGGGGAAGACUGUGACCAUUACUUCGAAGCUAUCACGAGGGCUGCACAAGAAGUUCAUCUGCGAAUUUAUCGUGUUUUCUGCAAGGACCAGUGCGAAUCAGACACAGGAUGUGAUUGACAAUAAGCUGGAGCGUCGUCGGCGAGGUGUCUUCGGCCCUCCUCCUACUAAAAGACUAGUAUUCUUCAUUGAUGACUUGAACAUGCCAGCACUAGAGGUUUAUGGUGCUCAGCCUCCCAUUGAGUUGCUGAGACAAUUUAUGGAUUUUUCUGGUUGGUACGACCGCACGAACAUCGGUGACUUCCGUCUCCUUGUUGAUAUCAAUAUGGUGGCCGCCAUGGGUCCACCUGGAGGUGGACGAAACCCGGUCACAAUGCGAUUGAUGAGACAUUUCCAUUACAUUUCUUUCACUGAGAUGGAAUAUGCUAGCAAGUACACAAUCUUCCACACAAUCUUGACCUCGUGGACUCGUAACAUAAUCAAAGAAGUGAAAGUUCGCGUAGAUCCCUUCCUUAAAGCUACGAUUGAGAUAUUCCAAAGCUUGGUAGAGGAAUUGCUGCCUACCCCAGCGAAGUCCCACUACACUUUCAAUCUGAGAGAUUUGAGCAAGGUCUUCCAAGGAAUGUUGAUGAUGGACCCAGCUGCUGUUAAAGAAGAAGAUGAUGUAAUUCGUUUAUGGUACCACGAACACCAGAGGGUUUAUCAAGAUCGGCUGGUUAAUGAUGAAGACCGCAAAUGGUUCCUACAGCUACUGAACAAGAAAAUCCGUACUGAAUUCGGUAGACCAUCAAACGAUGUUGUUGGCGGUCGGCUGAUGCUGUUCGGGGACUUCAUGGACAUUGGAGCUGAUGACAGGAAAUAUAUCGAGAUAACGGAUCGAGAAGAGAUGGACGAAAUUCUUCUUCACUACAUGGAAGAAUACAACCUUUCCACGACAGUUCCUCUGCAACUGGUCCUAUUUGAAGACGCCGCUUCUCAUCUGUGCAGGAUCGCGAGGAUCGUCAGGCAGCCGAUGGCUAAUGCUCUUCUCUUGGGAAUGGGAGGAUCAGGUCGCCAGUCCCUGUCAAGACUGGCAUCCCACAUGGCCGAGCUGACGUGUAUCCAGAUAGAGAUAACGAAGGCGUACGGUCAGACAGAGUGGAGGGACGACCUCCGGCAGACCAUGAUGAAAGCCGGCGCCGACAACCGAGGAGUGGUGUUUCUGUUUUCUGAUGCGCAGAUAAAAAUGGAGUCUUUCCUAGAAGACCUGAACAACAUUCUCAGUUCUGGCGACGUGCCGAACAUCUACGAGGCCGAAGACCUAGAUCGCAUUUACGUGUCUGUGCGUCACGCCGUGAUGGAAAUGAACUUGCCAGCGACAAAAACCAAUUUGUUUGCGUGCUACCAACGCCGUGUUAGGAGUAAUCUUCAUGUCGUGGUUGUCAUGAGUCCUGUCGGCGAGAUAUUCCGCGCCCGUCUCCGUCAAUUCCCCUCGCUGGUAAACUGCUGCACCAUCGACUGGUUCAGUGAGUGGCCAAAGUCUGCGCUGGAGUCGGUAGCCACGCACUUCUUUGGCGAAAUGACAGAGUUGCAGACCACAGAUGAAGUUAUAGGGUCUAUGGUGUCUGUCUGCUGUUUCGUCCACCAAUCCGUGGUGGAGGCCAGUGCCCGGUUCCUGGCGCAACUGAACCGCCUCAACUACGUGACUCCGAUGUCUUACAUGGAAAUGCUUCACGCGUACGCGGACAUGUUUAAAAAGAAGAGGGGUUCGAUACUGAAAGAGUCCAACGCAUUGAAAACAGGUUUGAACAAAUUGAACCAGACCGAAGUUGAAGUUAAAGAGUUGCAAAUAGAGCUUGCUGAUUUGAAGCCGCUGAUGGAAAAGGCGGCGGAUGAGACCAGGAAAGUCAUUGAACGGAUUGCAAUAGACACGGCAAUAGCUGAAGAGGCUAGAAUCAAAGUGGAGAAAGAACAAGCUAUUGCUGAAAAAAUGGCCACAGAGACCACUGCAAUGGCAGAAGAUGCGCAAAGGGACCUUGACGAGGCGAUGCCUGCGCUAAAGGCUGCUGAGAAAGCGCUUCAAGAGCUGAACCGCAAUGACGUGGUGGAAGUGAAGGCAAUGAAGAAGCCACCGGCCGGUGUGGUCCUUGUCAUCGAGUCCCUUUGUGUUGUAUUCGACAUAAAACCUAUUAAGGAACCGGGUGCAAGUUUCGGCGAGAAAGUUCUGAACUAUUGGAAGCCCGGCUCCGCCAUGUUGUCAGACCCGACCGCCUUCCUCGACUCCCUCAUGAAGUUCGACAAGGAGUCCAUCACUGAAGACAUGAUCAAGAAGCUGAAGAGGUUCAUAGCGAAUCCUGACUACGACCCCGCCAAAAUUUUGAAGGUUUCCAAAGCUUGCAUGUCUCUCUGUAUGUGGGUGCAUGCCAUGUUCAAGUUUUACCACGUCAACAAGGCUGUAGCGCCUAAGAAGGAGGCUUUGCAAAGAGCAACCACAGAACUAGCCGCGGUCGAAGCUAUGUUGGCGAACGCCAAGGCCAAGAUGCAAGCCCUGCUGGAGGGAAUAGCAAAACUCAACGCGUACUUGCAAGAGAAAGAGGAUGAGAAGAGGAAAAUGGAGGAGGACAUCAACCAGUGUCUGGCGAGGAUGGACAGAGCCAACAGGUUGUUGAAUGGACUUUCGAGCGAAAGGGUCCGUUGGAUCAAGACCAUUGCAGACUUGGAUGUCGAUAUAGUUAACCUGAUUGGCGACAUUUUGUUAAGCGCUUGCGCAGUGGGCUAUGUCACUCCGUUCACAGACGAGUUUCGAAGGGAUUUGCUUGAAAAAUGGAUAACUCACAUGGUGGAAGUAAAUGUACCUCAUACCCACGGCGCAACACCGUUGUCCAUUCUCGGAGAUGCCGUACAAAUAAGGAACUGGCAAAUGUACGGGCUCCCUCGGGAUCCUCUAUCAGUGGAGUCGGCUGUGCUCAUGUCCAACUCGAGACGCUGGCCGCUGGUCAUCGACCCUCAGACGCAGGCCAACAAGUGGAUCAGAGCUAUGGGUAAAAUCGAAGGGCUAAUAGUUUGCAAGCCGAACGACAGAGACCUAUUGAGAAGCUUCGAAUCUGCACUGCGCUUCGGGAAACCCAUUCUUCUGGAGAACGUGGGCCAGGAACUAGAUCCAGCUCUGGAUCCUGUACUCAAGCGUCAAUACUUCCGGCAAGCCGGUCAACUGGUGCUCAAACUUGGUGACUCCCUGAUCCCCUACAUCCCUGGGUUCCGUCUCUACAUCACGACGAAGCUUCCCAACCCUCGGUACACUCCGGAGACUUCGGUCAAAGUGCAGAUUGUCAAUUUUGCGCUCGUGCCAAGCGGUCUAGCCGAGCAACUGCUAUCAAUAGUAGUGGCGCAGGAGCGACCAGAUUUAGAAGAGCUCCGAGGCCAGCUGAUCGUCUCCCGCGCACAGCUCGCGUCACAACUGGCUGAGAUGCAGGCGGACAUCUUGUACGGCUUGUCCAAUAGUGAAGGAUCGCCUGUGGAUGAUCUGCCAUUGAUUUUGACCCUGGAGGCGAUAAAAAUCAAGAGCGCCGAGAUAAUAAUAAAAGUAGACGACAUAGAACGUACAACUCUGGAAAUUGACGAGGCCCGCGGCGAUUAUGUCCCCGUCGCGAACCGCGGCCAGAUACUGUUCUUCUGUCUGGCCGGCAUGGCGAACGUGGACCCGAUGUACCAGUAUUCCCUGGAGUGGUUCGUGAAAUUGUUCGUCAGGAGCAUGGCGGAGACGGAACAGACUGAGGACAUAGUGGAACGUGUGGAAAUAAUUAUAGAACACUUCACAUUUCUGCUCUACCAGAACGUAUGCCGAAGUCUGUUUGAGCGGCACAAGCUAUUGUUCGCCUUCCUGCUUUGCGCGAGAAUACUGCUCGACAAGGGUGUGAUAAGACAUGCAGAGUUCAACUUUCUGCUGAACGGAGGGAAGAUUGAACAGGAACUGGAUAAUCCAGAGCCUAAAUGGGUUUCCCUCAGGAUGUGGCUGGACAUGCAACAGCUGGCUUCCCUCCACACGAUGAACAGAUUCGUGUGCGAGGAUUUCAAGGAACAGAUCAAAUUUUUCAGGACUUACUACGACGCGUGGAACCCUCACAAACUGCCGUAUCCUAAACCCCUGGACUCCCAACUGGAUGCUUUCCAAAAACUCCUUGUUCUGAAAUGCUUGCGACCUGACAAGCUGGUACCAGGCCUUCAGGAUUACGUGGUUAGCGGUCUCGGUGCACGCUUCGUAGAACCACAGCCGGCGGAUCUCGCCGCGCUUUAUGCAGAGUCAGAUGCGCUUGCGCCGAUUAUCUUCGUUCUGUCCACUGGCACUGAUCCCGCUGCUGAUCUACUUAAAUUUGCGGACAAAAUGAAGAUGGGCAAGCGUUUUGAGAGCAUCUCCUUGGGCCAGGGUCAGGGUCCACUGGCUGAGGCCAUGAUGAGAGUCGGCUGUGACUUUGGGAACUGGGUGUUCUUCCAAAACUGCCACUUAUCUCCUUCCUGGAUGCCGAUCCUGGAGAUCAACGUGGAACAGAUUCAGCCUGAACUGGUGCACAAGGACUUCAGGCUUUGGCUCACGUCUACCCCGUCACCGCACUUCCCUGUCGCGUUGCUUCAGAACGGUUACAAGAUGACUGUGGAGCCACCUCGUGGGAUCAAGGCGAACUUGCUUAAGGCCUACAUGAACCAAGUGCCCGAUUUUGUGGACUUCUUCAAUUCUAACGACAGCAAAGUUCCUAACUUCAAGUGGCUUCUCUUCUCUCUCUGUCUGUUCCACGGCGUAGUUCUGGAACGCCGUAAAUUUGGUCCUCUGGGAUUCAACAUCCCCUACGAAUUCACUGAUGGCGAUUUGAGGAUAUGCAUCUCACAAUUACACAUGUUCUUGAUCGAGUAUGCUGAAGUCCCUCUGAAGAUGUUGACAUACACGGCCGGCCACAUCAACUACGGCGGUCGCGUCACGGACGACUGGGAUCGCCGCUGUUUGCUAUGCCUGCUCUCCGACUACUACACUACAGGGGUGCUCAACGAUAGGUACAUGUUCGAUGAGACCGGCGCUUACAAGCAGCAACCUGUGUCUGCAAACAUUGAGGACUACACGAAGUACAUAAGGACAUUGCCAUUGAACGAUGAUCCAUCUCUGUUCGGUCUGCACAGCAACGCCAACAUUAGUUACGCCAUGUCGGAGACCAGCACUUGUCUUAAUACCCUCAAAAACCUUCAGCCCAAAGAGGUGAGCGGUGAAGGAGGUAUGAGCGCUGAAGAAAUGACGGAACGGGCGGCCAAGGAAAUUCUAGAAGUUAUGCCGCCAGCAUUAGACCAGGCGUACAUAGCUGAAACUUAUCCCGUAUCUUAUAAGGAGUCGCUCAACACUGUGCUGAUUCAAGAGGCUAUAAGAUACAACAGACUGCUGGGUGUUAUCAAGAAUUCUUUGAGGGAUCUGCUUAAAGCUCUCAAAGGCUUGGUGGUGAUGUCAGAAGCCCUGGAAAGCAUGGCUAACAGCCUAGCUCGGAACGCCGUGCCUCUAAUGUGGAGCUCCAAAGCUUAUCCGUCGCUCAAACCUCUUGCUGCCUGGGUCAAAGACCUGUGCCUCCGCGUGCAGUUCAUGCAGCAGUGGGCUGACGGGGGAAUACCGAAAGUGUUCUGGAUCUCGGGGUUCUACUUCCCCCAGGCAUUCCUCACUGGAGCUUUGCAGAACUAUGCCAGGAAACACGUGAUUGCGAUUGAUACUGUCGCUUAUGCGUUUGAGGCCUUACCUGGCGUGCCGGCGAAACGGCCAGACGACGGCUGCUGCGUCCGCGGCCUGUACCUGGAGGGCGCCAGGUGGAACGUCGGGGACAUGUCUCUGGAAGAGAGUCGGGCCAAGGAGCUCCAUACUGAAAUGGCGAUAAUUUACAUGAAACCCGAGCAGAACCACAAACUGCAAUCGGGCCUUUACGAAUGUCCGACAUACAAGACUCUGGUCCGAGCCGGUACCUUGUCCACCACCGGCCACUCCACCAACUACGUUAUGACCAUUGAGCUGCCCACCCACAAACCGCCCGCCCAUUGGAUCAAGAGGGGGGUGGCUUUGUUCUGUGCCCUGGAUUAUUAA